GUUUUCAUUUAUAUUUGGGCAGCCAAAUGAUAUCAAAGGCCAGCGAUAGUGACGAUUGAGAAUAGAAAGUAUAUAAAUAUCACUACUGUUCGUUUAUCGUACCGAUCUUCAAAUUAUUGGUGUAUCAAUUAGCACGAAUUAUUUCCCGGUAUAUGAUGUUAUUACCCGAUCGCUUGUGCCUCGCGUCAAUUUUCACCGUGUUUUUUCUCGCCCGUACCGGCGACGGGCGAUUGGGGGAUGAAUGCUGGUCGGACGUGAUGUGUAAUUCGAUUGCAGGGGUGUGCGUCGACGACCGGUGCGAAUGCCGACCUCCCAAAAUACCAAAUCAAAGUAACACGGACUGUGUCGUGGCCGUCGACGGAAUAUGUCAAACAACGACCGACAAGUGCUAUGACCCCAAUCAAUCAUGCGCCCGGACAAGUCCGACCUAUUGGGACCCCACCGUGUGCAUCUGUAACGGUAAUUUCACGCAAAAAGAACCCGGUGAAUUAUGUCGGAUCAAAAUGGGCAAAAAAUGCGACGGCGUUGAAACACCGUGUGUCGACGGAAGUUGCAUCGAAGGCACAUGCCAGUGUCCAACCGGUCUAGUUUCCAGCCCAACCGCAAACAAUUGUGCUCUCCCUUUUGGCGCUACUUGUGAUCCCGCACGUCCAAAUUGUGUCGAUCCCAACGCGUAUUGCAACGCUGAUGAGAAGACCUGCGAAUGCAAACCGGAAAUAUAUCAACCAUCCGAAAAUGAAGACGGUAUAACGUACUGUAAAGCUGAUGGUCUGUUUUCUGCAGCGCUCGGAGCCGUUUGCGAGAAUGAUGACAAAUGCGCCGUGUUGAAUUCAUCCUGCGAGAUGCUGAACGUUUUGAACAAGACUUGCACCUGUAUCGAGGGAUUUGUUCCUUCUGAAGAUCGUUUAUCUUGCUUACCAGUCACCAACUCAUGGCGCGGUACGUGUCAAGAGGAUUUACAGUGCAGCGCGAUGUUCGGUAGAUUUGGCAUUUGUAAAAAUCGAGUUUGUUCCUGCGCUAACGGAUACGCGUACGUGGAAGAAGAUUUUGGCUGCGUUCCAGAUCACGUUGCUGUUAGCGGUAGGACUGCGGGACACGGCAUAAAAUUGUUAGCGACUACUCUGCUGCCAUAUCUUCCGGAUGAAGCGAAAAUUGCUGUUGAACAGAUACUAGAUGUAAUUUGAGGAUAAAAAAAAAAUUAUGCAGUACCACAAACGGCACACGUAGAAUAUCCAAUACCGAUUACUGUGGUUCUCAUUCAUAAUUUUGUUGAACAUAUUUGAAUAAAAGCUUUGGUCUAAU